GGUUCCGUGUUCUCGGGCUCCGGCGUAAAUGGACCGCGGCUUGCAUGACACCGCCGCCCGUUACACUCUCCGAAAAACACACUUACACGGCCACGCAAUGAGCGAUUAUGAGACUCCUGGACCUUUAAAUUGUGCUGAGUCACAGUUUGGCUCCAGGGAUGUUAUUACUGCUGCCUCCUGAAGCCGUGUCUGGAAGGGAUGAAAAUAGCGAGCGGCCGAUCAGACACGCGGCCGGUGGUUUGUCGCUCGUCCCUUACACCCCGGCUCUCGCACGCCUUCCGCGCCGGCUGAGACGGGCCUUCUGCCGCUGGAGCCGGUACCGCGGAUCUUUGUAAGAGUCCCAGACCUUCGGCGCGAUGGAGGACGGGGGUGUGUAUUCCGGCGGUGGAAAUGAGUACGAUAUCAUAGACAUCGACGUCCAUUCGGGGCAGUCAAGUAUCCAGCUGGAAGGAAGUGGAAUUUAUCGACAGCCGAACGGUCGGUGUGUGCUGGCACUGUCCAGUUCCUCCGUGUUCAGCCCGUCGUUUGACCUGGCGAUCGGCCGGGCGCAGCUGGAGAGCCGUGGCUUCCAGAUCCCAGUCUCAGACUUUGAAAUCCCUCUGCAGGCGGCGCUUGGCCUCCCGUCCGUUCGCAGAUACCUUUUAUUCAGCUCCUCCCUGUCACAUUUCAUCAUGGCCAUGGCGGUGUACGUGGUGCUGUGGUGCGGCGUGUACUCCACGAUCCACCUGUACCUCAGCCUCACGGACUUCUGGCUCCUCUGCUUCUCCGUGACCCUGGCGUCCGCGGCGCUGACGUCCGCCAUCGCCCUCGUCCUCCGUCACAGCGGCAAGCAGAUCAACGUCAGCACGGACAUCAGGCUGGUCCAGGUCAACGAGAGGCUCAUCAGGCACGAGGUGCUGGUCGGCGUGGCCGAUUGCUCGCAUCACUGCGUCGGCGUCCAGCAACUGUUCGCCGUUCACUGGGACCUGUCGCCCUGCCUCGGCUCCCUGACCGACGCCCUGGAGGAGAUGAGCUCGCGCUGCCGAGAUGAAGUGCGGCGGAAGCUUCAGAAGAACAUGUCUCAUCUCCUCCUCAUUGCUGAGGCCCCUGCCCCCGACCUCGAGGAGGGUCCUCACGGUGAGGACCCGGCCGAGGAAGAGCGCCCCCUGCUGGUGGACCGGGAGGCGAGGGCGCGCGCCACCCCAAGCAGCCGGAGGGACGAGACGAAAGUGACGAAGGACUACAGCCUGGUGCCGGACUGUCGGCUCCCAGCCCAGGCGAUUGCCUACCGUCUCCUGCUCACCUACAGCGCGGCCUACGUGAAGCUGCUGGCGUCCAACAGGCUCCCCGGCUCGUCCCCGAGCCGCUCCGCCCCCGCGGGAGCUCACUGCAUCGGGGCCUCCCAGUGUCUCUGUCAGCACGUCCGUGCCAAAGUCCUCACGUAGAGCGGAGCGGCGUCGGGGCACCGCAGCCGUACCCGUCGACACCAGCAAAGCGGGCAGGCGUGUGUUCUCAGUCGCCCGGUAGGAAAUUAUAUGGGCGAUGAUGAUAAUUUCAAUCAACGAGCAGAGCAGCGACAAGGGUAGCGCUGCUUUCGUCAGCACGUUUGGGAAGCGCCUGGAGGAUGUCUGCCGCUGUGCCAAGAAGAUGUUUGUCAUAUGCAGGAGAAAGUCUUUUGUUUGAAUUUGCGCUGUCAGAAUUAAAAUGUAGCGAGGGUUAUUAUGUAAUUAUAUGUAUCGAUAAUUUAUAUUUACAGUGGAAUCAUAUAUACUGUAUGUAUUGUAACGACACCCCGUUA